AUGAUUCUGCCCCCCUCUCCCCUGGGACACACUUUCAAAAACGAUGCCACGGCAUGGGUGGGAUCCUCCCUUGGAAUUAAACCCCCUUUCAUAAGUGAAUGGCAGACGAUCGUGGCCCAGGGUCAAAGUCCUAUCUACAUCCGACACUCGCUGGGCGAGAUGCCCAUCAAAGUGGACGUACAAGUCAGGGUUGUGAGGGAGGGCAGUCAACACAUCUUCCCAGGCUUCGGGGCAGGGCAGAGAAGUGACGAAGAUGGCGACUCCCAAUAUGGCGCCGUACUGUGCUCCUACAACGAGUCGCACGUGCGCCUCCAUGUUCCUGUCAGCACCAUAACGACGAAAGGAGGCCUAGUCAGCACAGCUGGAUUUGUAGGUCCAUUUGAUGCGUACUACACAACUGCCGACGUCAGAGUGAGAGCAUGGCGGAUCUGUGAUUUUCCGCCAGCUAAUUAUAGCACAAAUAUAUACGGAGUUGGCGGACCGCCCUACAGCCCGGGAGGCAAUAUUCCUCACAACCUCGGAGUAACACCCGAUCUUGUCAUUGUACAACUGAAAAUGUGGGACGGAUUUGUUUACGAAGCAGACGGAGCUGUAUUCAAAGACAGACGAAUGUCAUCAUCAGACCGGGCGUGUGGUACGGUUGUGGCCUUUGACGACAUGAAUAUACGGAUAUGGGGGAUGGCCAAGAGACAAGGAAUCGCUGGCCUAGUUGGGUGUGCCUACAGGGGAUGGGGGACACCGUAUUUAGCCGAUUUGGCCCUUUUGAUAAUCAGUGCCUGGAUUCUUCCAUCAGAGGACAAAGUGGUCAGCUUUAUUACAACCAUUGCCAAAAAUACAGCUCAUCCCGACACAGUUCCCCUGUCGCCUUCUGUUUCCAUUGAUAGUCAUUUGUUUAUUGUUAAAGUAAAAGCCACCGAGGGGAACAACAACGGGUUUAUAUAUCAUGGCGCAGGAACUUCCUUAUCUGACGGUUCUUUGACAAAUUACGGCGGAGUCAUAUUCGGUUACAACGAAUCAGAGGUGUUGUUAUGGCGACCAGCUGAUUCAAACACUAACGGUUAUAUUUGGUACAGAGGCGGGGAUCUUGGUGGUGGGGACUACCCUCAGAUAUCUACUACAGCGGAAGUGACAGUAGAUAUUCUACGGACCGUCACGUCCACAGAAGAGAGUUGUGGACCAGGAAAAUGCGCUGGUAACUGGAGCCAGAUUGUCGUUGUGUGUGACUGUUUUGGUACAGGUCUUACUGGACAAUACUGCACAACAGCUGAUGGCCCUCCUCCUAGUUCUCUCCAAGCAGGCGCCCAAGACAAUGAAGAUUCUAGCGUACAUCUCGGAAGUAAAAGAAACUUGACCAUAAAACUCGUGUUUCCUUUGGGAACCAGUCCGGACAUUGUCUUAUCUGUGAAAGCUUCAGACACUAGAGAGGUCAUGGCGAUUGGAAGUCUGGUGCUUAAAGAUACGGGAAACAACAUCCAACCUUUGACAAGUUCAUUUAGUUACAAAGCUUUGACGAUAACAAAUCUCACUGGAUUCCAUGUUGUUACAUCCGCUUCGUUGUCCCUUGGAGAUGUUGUAAACACGGGACAGUCCAGUUUGUAUGUAGACAAUAUGGUUGCCAUAGAGACUGAGGUUUACGUCCAGUCUGUUGAUAACGUCACAGACGGAAGUUUACACGCCGUAAAGAUCCAAGUUCUAAUAGGCGGAAUUGUUGUUUGGAACAAAGACAUUAUGUAUACUAUCAACACGACCAUCUUGGUCCCAAUCAAAACACCUGAAAUUUUCACUUCAUUUCCCGCCGCUUCUGACCUUGACCGUGGUUCUAUGACCCGGAUGUCCGUUGACCUUUGGAUGCCAUUGGCCAAUCCUGAUAUCGUGAUAGAAGCCAGAAGCCAUACAGCAGAUGACUCUGAUUCAGCUCUCCGAGUUGUUCGUCUCUCUGUAACACAAGUUGGGGAAAACUACCGGCUGCCUGCAGAAGUAGAGCGUCUUAAGAUCGACAAAGCAGGUUGUCACGAUAUCAUAGGAAACGCCUCUUUGUCCUUAGUCUUUCCGACACAUUUUGCAAAUAAAGAGGCCUUUGUUCCUGGCCCAACAUCCACAAAGGACCUCAUUCAAUUUGAGACCCUCCUGUAUAUGGGACUGGAUUCCGAAGUUGGAACUAAGUACCCUCUAGAUCUCGUUAUUUACGUUGACGGGGCUAUUUUGUGGAAUUCUUCGUUCAGUCUGACAUCGACUGAACCAACAGGAUUACAAGUUCCAACGAGUAUUGGUAAACAAAUAUCCGUCGGUCAAUUAACAUUGGGACAAGUUUUUUCUACUGACGUCAACUUGACGUUACCUGACAUGGGCGUGUUCAAAUUCAACGUGUCUCUGACGUCACUGGUCGCAGAAGGACAAGGAAGAGCCGGUCUGAUUCUACUUUCGGUUGUCAUUGGUGAAACAGGAAGUAGUGUUGGUUGUUCUUCUGUGACUGCCACCUACAAUAGAACAGAGAGUUCAAAGUUACAAAAUGUAGCAGACGUUUUCCACAGUGUUACAAACUUUGGAUCAACCAAUGUACCAGUAGAGAUAAGUAGUUGGCUUAUUCUACGGUUUACUGCGGUGGCUGCCCCGGGGUAUACUGAUAUUGGCGAUGUUCACAUUAUUGAGGUUACCAGUGGCGCACUGAGUGUUGUAUACGUCUUUAACGUUACAGGAACUGCAACGUUUGAUCAAAACUUAGUGUACACGGCAGACAUUUACCAUUUUAACACUGGAUCAUGCUUGUCUGAAAACCAGACAUUCGAAUUAUUUGUGAAUCUAACUACAGAGAGGAGCAAAACCCCGGGACCACUGUACGUUUACUUUCCGUUCGGUGACACCAUGUUUUCUGUAUACGAAUACAAAAUAAUUCAUGUUGGUGAAAAUCUACGACCGUGUUUUCAGUCAAUGCAACUGGACAGGUCCCUUGAUCAGUAUUUAGCAUACAGCGAUGGAAGUUUAGGAAACAUCACCCUUGAGUUCCCUCUGUUUUGUAACCAAGAACUCAGCACCGAUGCUGUCGAUGACCAAAUGACGAUCAGAGUUGUGGCCCGUAUCCGGAAUGACAUACGUACCGAGGGCUCCUCCUUAAACAAUUUCACAGUUGUCGUCAGGUCCGUUGGACUUUUAUCAGACGUGACGUCAUCACUUGGUUUAAUAGUAAAAGGCAUGACAAUUUUGUCAAAGAUUGAUUUCGUUACUGGAGUGGAAAUACCGAAGAAUAGCCUGAAUAUAACAUUGAUGCCUUUAGUUUGUCACAUCAAGUGUCGUACAGAUAAUGAGCAGUCAUUCUUUACAACAAGUUUAGAAUAUGAACGAGAAAACGACACCCACGUUGCUUACGCAUUUGAAAGUAGAUGCAUGGCUUCAGUUGUUGUUCUCGAGGAUUCCAUUCCCGGGAACACAUCGUCGUGUUGUGUGUUGCAUCAGUUUAUUACGUCAAAUGUUGAAGACAACUUUAUGAUUUUCAACGACGUCAAUGAUACACUGCGGUCUCAAAUUCCCUUAGUGGUUGACGGUUCGAAUGAUACGUGUUUAGACCUUCCUGUGCUCGGACAGAUUCCGCCUAUUCUUUGGAUGCGUAUGAAUAUAUCAGGAAUAUGGGGACUAUUUUCUUCAAGUUUCCGUUUACACAUUUUUGGAAAGAAUAUAAACUGUGAUAAUCAAAAUGAUGGUUCUGUAUUUAAGGUAUUUUAUCCAUCAUCAAUUUCAUAUGGAGAUUUCGGUGGAGACGUAACGUACUGCUUUCUCUCUGACAAAUCGGUGGCCCCUCUGGAGCCUCUCACUCGUUGUUCUUUCCAGUGUCCCUGUGUAGGGCCCCAAUGUUUGGAAGCAUUUUUGUAUAUUGCCAGCAACAAUGUAUCAAAAAAUUGGAAACUAUGUGAACUUUUUGUACAAACUGUUUGACCAAAGAUUCAUUGACUUGAGAUCCUCCAUUUGUCAAAAUGUAUGAAUGUGCUGGAGUUU